AUGGGCUCAGGUCACCACGCAGUGCCCAUUUGCAUCCGGUAUGUAGCGCAAAAUGUCAAACGUAUUAUCGUCAGAGCAGUCAAAUAUGUCCUCGUUGUGUUGAUUCCGAAGGUCGAGCUUGGUAACGUGGCCAGUGAUGUUGCUGCAGUCGACGCCUUCGCAGGUACAACAAUCCUCCCCGUCCCAGGAAGAGAGACGAUGGGAAGGAUCAUGGAGCCCGAGCUUGAAGUCGAUCAGGGCUUUCCAACAAAGAUAUUUUCUCUAAAAGAGAUGGAGAAGGCAACUAAUAAUUUUGAUGAGACUCGAGUGCUCGGCCGCGGCGGACAUGGAACGGUUUACAAAGGAAUUUUGUCGGAUCAACGUGUAGUCGCCGUCAAAAAAUCUAAAUAUGUGAAACAAAGUGAGAUAGACCAGUUCAUCAACGAGGUUGCAGUUCUUUCUCAGAUUAAUCACAGGAAUAUUGUUAAGCUUUUCGGGUGUUGCUUGGAAACUGAAGUUCCCUUGUUGAUCUAUGAGUUUAUCUCGAAUGGGACUCUUUUAGAUCAUCUCCAUAUUCCAGAUGGUAACUCUAUAUUAUCAUGGGAUGAUCGCCUGAGGAUUGCUGUUGAGGCUGCCGGAGCGCUCGCUUAUUUACACUCGGCCGCUUCAAUUUCGAUAUUUCAUAGAGAUGUCAAAUCAUCAAAUGUUCUUUUAGAUGAUCAUUUAACGGCUAAAAUAUCAGAUUUUGGAUCUUCGAGACUUAUUCCACUCGACCAAACUCAUUUACUCACUGCUGUGCAAGGCACCUUUGGAUACCUUGACCCGGAGUACUAUCAGACCAGUCAGUUGACAGAGAAGAGCGAUGUUUAUAGCUUCGGAGUCAUUCUUCUAGAACUUUUAACAGGUAAAAAGCCAAUUUUCUCCACCGAAUAUGAACACAGACUGAAUCUAUCGAUGCAUUUUCUUCAAACGGUGAGAGCGAAUCGCCCCUUUGAUCUUAUAGAUGAUCUUGUUAUGAAAGAAGCAACCGAAGAAGAGCUCAUCGACAUGAUUGGAUUGGUAGAAAUGUGUUUAAGAUUGAAAGGGGUUAAACGGCCUACGAUGAAAGAGGUGGAGUAUAAAUUACAGAACUUGAGAAGGAUCAGACUGAAAAAAACAGGACAUUGUUUGGUUAAAAGUGACGAAGAAACAGAGCAUCCGCCGAGAGACUCACCUUAUGGCUUCUCUGAAGUCGUCGACCAAGCAAAUCAAGGUACAUCCAGGAAUUAUACCUUAGAGAAAGAAUUUAUGUGGUCGCAUCAUCACCCACGGUGAGUUUGUAUUCGAUGUCCAUAUCAUUAUUGACUGCUUGAAUGCCACUGAAUAAGCUUCCUUCUGCUUGAGGAUCGUAUGUAAUGGUCAUAUGGGUAAUGUUAUGUUCCAAACUUGUUCCUAAAACAGUUUCCAUCUUAUGGCUCUAUCACAUAUAUGAUCGAGUUGGUGGGAAUGGCAUGUAGAAUUAGUAGGUAUGUGUCUGUACUCUACUUGUGUUGUAAUGUUCAGAGAACUACCCUUUAAUAUGAU